AAACGUUAGUGGUUUGGAAAAGAUAACGUUUAGUUCAAAAUGAAUGUUCGAACGGGCCUCUUGUGUAUUUUCGCGGUCAUUUCGGUGGCUUCCGGUUUUCGCAUUAGAGUAAACGAAGAAACUAGUUGUGUAAAAUGCCACGAUACAGACGAAAAUAAGAUAAAUGUACAUUUGGUUCAUCAUUCACACGACGACGUCGGAUGGCUUAAGACUGUUGAUCAGUAUUAUUGGGGAUUAAACUAUACAAUCGUAAAUGUUGGAGUGCAGUAUAUUAUAACCUCAGUGGUAAACGCGUUAUGGGAUCAUCCAGAAAGAAGGUUUAUUCAAGUAGAGACAGGAUUUUUCUGGAUGUGGUGGAAAAACCAGGAUGAGGUCAUGAGAAAUAAGAUGAAAACCUUGGUGGAAAAUGGACAGUUGGAAAUUAUUAACGGGGGUUACGUGAUGAACGAUGAAGCUUGCGUGAAUUAUCAAUCAACAAUAGACCAAUUUACAUGGGGGUUCAGAGUUCUGGAUGAGACAUUAGGUAAAUGCGGAAUGCCAACUAUUGGCUGGCAAAUUGAUCCAUUCGGCCACAGCAGAGAACACGCAUCGAUUUUAUCGAAAAUCGGAUUCGAUGGUCUGUUUUUUGCUCGGUUAGAUAACAACGAUCGGGAGACUAGGAAAAAUGAAUCGAACAUGGACUUUUUGUGGAAAACUAGUGCGAAUAAAGACGACAGCGUUAUAUUUGGUAGUAUGUUCGGACCAGACAAUAUCUACUAUCCACCCUCUGGAUUUUGUUUCGACGUUUUAUGCGGGGAUGAUUCUAUUGACGAUGAUGUUACUAAUGAUGCUUACAAUUUAGAAAAAAAGGUUGCUGACUUUGCUGCUUACAUCAAAUCAUAUACAAAAUACUACAAAACUAAGAACAUCCUCAUUACCAUGGGCGGUGACUUUCAAUAUCAAGCCGCCGAAAUAAAUUUCCAAAAUUCUGACAAACUUAUCAGGGCGUUCGAAAACCACACCGAAAUCAAACUAUUAUAUUCAACACCCUCAUGUUACUUAAAAGAAGUUUACAAAAUUAAACCAUCUUUAGUGACGAAAACCGAUGACUUCUUCCCCUAUGGUAGUGCCGACCAUACCUACUGGGCAGGAUAUUUCACAUCCAGGCAAAACUUUAAGAGGUUCGAGCGUAUAAGUCAUAAUGUUUUGCAGGUAGCAAAACAAGUAUCCGCUUUAGCUCUUGCCUCGAAUAAAAACGUCAGUGUAGAGCCAAUUAACCGACUUAGCGAAGCGAUGAGUAUAGUUCAACAUCAUGAUGCCAUAACUGGAACAGAAAAGCAACAUGUAGCACACGAUUACACGAAAAUACUUUCCCGGGCUGUAACUCAAGUUGAAAAUAAGUUUACAGAAACUAUUGGAAAACAUUUAUUGGGAAUAGAUCUGUCUUCGUAUACAACACUUUCUUCAUGCCAUUUGGCUAAUAUGAGUAUAUGUGCGGUCACACAGACUGCGGACCAAUUCGUUGUUGUCAUUUACAAUCCUUUGUCAUGGGUGGUUAAUCAAACUGUAAGACUACCGGUUGAAAAUGGUAGUUAUACUGUUAGCUCAUCAGAUGGAAAUCUAUCCCACGAUGUCUUAUCUCCCAUAAAUGAUUUUUCGUAUGUUACUCUAAAAAAUGUAACUCCUGCCAAACGUGAACUCGUUUUUAUAGCAUCUAACUUACCCCCAUUUGGUGUUCGAUCAUAUUAUGUAUCGAAAGUAGCAGAAGAGACUGGCAACAACAUUUAUCAAAACUUAGACAACAUCCUAAAGUUCGGUAACGAGAACAUUGGGUUUGAAAUUAGCAACGAUACAAAUCUGCUAAAGUCGGUGACCAUGAAUGGAAAAACCCUUGAAAUCACUCAAACAUUUUUGCAUUAUGUCAGCCACAACGGGACAAAUGAUACAGACCCUUCAGGUGCAUACAUCUUCAGGCCAGAUGGAGAAGCUAUACCAUAUAAAAAUGUCCAAAUAAUAUCGAAAAUUCAAGGAGAUGUCGUUGAUGAAGUGCACCAAAAGUUUGAUGAUGGAAUCACACAAAUUAUUAGGGUGUACAAGGGCUCUCAAAAUUAUAUUGAGUUCGAUUGGCUUGUAGGACCAUUAGAUAUAUCUGAUAAAAGGGGAAUAGAAAUUAUCUCGAGGUUUACAGUACAAAACUUCAAUAAUAAUCAAAAAUUCUAUACAGACUCUAAUGGGAGAGAAAUGAUAGAAAGGAUCUUAAACUAUAGGCCAACAUACUCUUAUAACCAUACCUACGAACCAAUUGCCAGUAAUUAUUACCCCGUAACAUCAAAUAUUCUUAUUCGUGAUGAAAAGCAAAAUUUAGAGGUCGCUAUUUUAAAUGACCGUUCACAGGGAGGGAGUAGUUUGGCUGAAGGAGAAAUUGAAUUAAUGGUUCACAGAAGAAUGCUUAAAGACGAUAAUAAGGGAGUGGACGAACCUUUAAACGAAACUGAAUUUGGUCAAGGAAUAGUUGCCAGAGGACAACAUUAUCUAGUUCUGGGACCCAGCUCUGACAUUUUAAGUGACGGGAAAACCGUAAGAGCCCAAGAAAGAAUUCUUGCCCAAACAAUGUUGCAACAACCCUGGAUUGGAGUUGCUGAUGCCAGUAAAAUCCCUGAAGAUGAAGUAAAUAAGUUACUCACUACAACCUACACCGCUCUAAAGCAACCCACACCCGCAAAUAUAAACAUAUUGACCUUUGAACCGUGGACUAACUCUUCUUACCUGCUAAGAUUAGAACAUAUCCUCGAGAAAGACGAGGACCCUAAUCUUUCGUCUCCUGUUAGAAUUGACAUCGAGGACCUAUUUGCUUCCAUCAAAGUCACCGACAUAAUCGAAACAACACUGGGAGGCAAUCGUAAAUUGGACUUGGCCAAACCUAAAUUCGAUUGGAGUUAUGAAAAUCAUAACAUUUAUAAUAAUGCGAUAAGAAAGGAUGGACAAGGAGUAACUUUGGAACCGAUGGAUAUUAAAACUUUUAUUAUCCAAGUGUCCAAUAAUUAAUAGGAAGAAAUAGUUUAUUAUUGUAAUGUAUGUGUUCAAUUUAAAUAGAGGGUGGUAAACAGUAAAA